GACACUCCAGAGUCAGGAUGCGCAGUGGCUGCAUGAGCAAUCCAGUUACGAUGUAGAGAAUGGGGAGUACUUGUGUCCACUCUGUAAGUGUCGCAGUAACACUCAUUCCUCUCCUGCCCCUCACUGAGACCACCUGCAGUUACAGCAAUAGUGAGCAGCCAGGUUUGGCUCAUUGGCUGAAUACAACGUGCCAGCAGAUCAGAGCCUUGCACUCUGCUCAUAAGAGAGCCAAGCCAACAAAUGCUGGUGAGACAGAGACUGUGGAGGACUCUCCUCCUCCUGAGAGUUUCAGGCUGGACCACACACCAGUCAACCCUUAUUCAAGCUCCAUAAGGGAGAUGCUGAUGACAUUUGGGACCGCAACUUACAAAGUUGGCCUUAAGGUGCACCCUAAUGAGCAGGACCCCCGUGUGCCUAUCAUGUGCUGGGGCAGCUGUUCUUACACCAUGUAGACAGGUAUGACAACCCAACUUAUUGUCAUAUCUCAGCCCAGCCAGGACUCGGUUUCCCGAGAAGCAACACCCACUUCUAACAUGGCCACUGAGGACUACACUUCCCACACACGCAUGC